GCUCAGCUAAACGUUAACAGAAUCGAUAGGUGUUGGCAAAAAUGCGACUAAAACAACACACCGCCGCUCAUGAUGACGCAAAAAACAACAAAAAGAACUUCGUGUUACCACCUUACAAUAUAUAUUACUUUAAUGAUGCCAUAACUAUGUUGCUUCGCGUUUUGUUUUCGCGAUGUCACCUUCGAGUGUUUUCACGUCAGUAAAAUGAUGACGGUGCGGUCUGUGUGAUUGAUUACCUGGAUUUACUUGUUUCGCGUUUACAUUUUUGUACGAAUGGUCGUUAUUUAAUUCCCAUUUGUCGAGCUAAAUGUUGCUAUGCAAAGUCAUGGUUCCGUUAGCCGUGUGUUGUCCAAGCAUGUGAUCCGUUCCUGACAAUGUGUCAUGGGGUGUAGAUUAGGAGCGCCGCUGUCCUAGCACUUUGGCCUCCUUUACAAGCGCUGUGGUCUCUUUUCGUGGGUUAUUUUACACGAAAUAAGCAAAACGAUAUGUAGAAGUACGCCUUUUGACCACCAGACUGUUCUCUAACGCUAAACUUAAAUAAAAUCACGUAACCGAGGUUGGAUUUUUGGUCGGUUCUGCUGGAUGGACUGCUCAAAUGGCACAUUUGGUACAUUCAACUGAAUCGAGGCACAAUGACUUCAAGGAAGAAAGUCCUCCUGAAAGUCAUCAUCCUCGGAGACUCUGGAGUGGGGAAGACCUCGUUGAUGAACCAGUAUGUGAAUAAGAAGUUCAGUAACCAGUACAAAGCUACGAUAGGUGCAGACUUCUUGACGAAAGAAGUCAUGGUGGAUGACAGACUUGUCACAAUGCAGAUUUGGGACACAGCAGGUCAGGAGAGGUUCCAGUCUUUAGGAGUGGCGUUCUAUCGCGGCGCAGACUGCUGCGUUCUCGUGUUUGACGUGACGGCACCCAACACCUUCAAGACUCUAGACAGCUGGAGGGACGAGUUUCUGAUCCAGGCCAGCCCCAGAGACCCAGAGAACUUCCCCUUUGUGGUGCUCGGCAACAAGAUCGACUUAGAGAACAGACAGGUCACAACCAAGCGGGCACAGGCUUGGUGUCAGAGCAAGAACAACAUCCCCUAUUUUGAAACCAGCGCCAAGGAGGCCAUCAAUGUAGAGCAGGCCUUCCAGACUAUUGCACGCAACGCUCUCAAACAGGAGACCGAGGUGGAGUUGUACAACGAAUUUCCAGAGCCGAUAAAGCUAGACAGGAACGAGCGAGCUAAGCCUUCAGCGGAGACCUGCAGCUGCUGAGGACCACAGAGAUCUGCGUCAUGGCCCUCAUCACCCCGUCAUGCCUUGUCUAAAUAUUCUCCCUUCCUAUGACCCACCACGUUGCCCUCUCAUGCCCAUUGUACAAGCAGCAUCCUGCUCAAAAGAGCACGACACGAUCAACAUGCUGCACCCUCUUCCUUAUGUAUGAGAAACACACAUUUUCUAUCAAGUAUCGGUCUCCUAGCCCAAAGAACACCUUAAAAAUCGUAUGCUUAUUAUUCUUGUCCAGUGUUUUUUCAUGUUUAAAUGGCAACAAGACAUUUUCAGUUCUUUGAAUAUUGCUGCUUUCACAAUCACUUGUUUUACAUUGAGCUUAACUUCCUAUUCGACUUGUGUUUCAAAGUUGUUCUUUUUCUGGAGCUCUGGUGGUAUUUUCUUAUAUUCACAGGGCGACACUACUGCAUGAAGAAUAGAGGAAACACUGCUCCCCUCCUUUUAGUUAUUUGUCUUGUUGCUUUGUGUCACGUACUGCCUCACACAACCUUAAAUUAUAAUACAUGUUGGGGAUCAAGACUCAAAUUCGGAUGAUUAGAAUGUGACAAUUCCAGUGAUAUCUUGCCUGUUGAUGUGCUAAUUGGUACACAGUGAACAUGAAGAGAAAUGAGAAGAUCACUAAAGUGUGCAGGUUGUUCUUGUUGUCAUUAGAAAUAACUUAAUUGUGGAGCUACUUGAAACUGGCACGAGGUUAGUUUUGUUCUGCUUUUGAAUUUUUUGUACAGUAAUCACUUCUUGAUGAAACAAAUCGACAGCAUUUUGCGUCAGCCCUGGAUUAGAAGUCAUAACUCUGUACUCAUAGCCAAUGUGUUUCUUUUUAUUGAUAACUGUUUCAAAGACUUUGUUCAAUUGCAAUCAUUUUGUGGGGACAACAAACAUGUACAGCUCCAUAUCCAACUGCCAGUUGCUUUAAGUGCUUGACAUUUCUUUUAACCAAUCAGAACUGUCUGUUUGAAUUAUGUUAAAAUGGAAAUGCAUUCUAGAUUAGAAGAUCACUAACAAACUAACAGAAAAAGUGAAAUGGGGGAACUAGUGGCAUUCGUCAUUAUAUUCUAAAUAUGAUAAAUGCAUAGCAAUGUUUCAAAAUGUCUUUGCCUUUCAAAAAUAAGGGUAAUAAAACAAUCCAGCAACC